CAAUGUUUACACUGAAAACCUGAUCAACCAGCAGGAUAUGGCUUACUUUGGCCAGAUCAGCGUGGGAACCCCAGCCCAGAACUUCUACGUCCACUUUGACACAGGAUCCACAACCCUUUGGAUCAACUCCAUCUAUUGCAAGAGUGACGCCUGCACGCGCCAUCCACUCUUCAACCCCCAGAAAUCCUCCACCUACUACAGCUACGGACAACAGUUCUCCAUCCAGUAUGGAUCUGGAAGCCUCACAGGGGUCAUUGGUUACGACACUGUCUCGAUGGGAGAACUCACAGUCACUAAUCAGAAGAUUGGGCUGAGCGUGACAGAGCCAGGCAGCAAUUUUGCCCGACCUCUACAUGAUGGCAUCAUGGGCCUGGCUUUCAAAUCUGACCAGCAAACUAUUGUGGACACCAUGAUCCAGGAGGGCCUCAUCGAGGAGCCUGUCUUUGCAUUCUAUCUAAGCGGCGACUCGGAGGGCAGUGAGGCUGUGUUUGGAGGCACCGAUCCCGCUCAUUAUCAGGGAGAGAUCCAUUGGGUUCCUGUGGCACAGGACAGCCACUGGCAGCUGGUGUUUGAUGG